AGUCGCCACCACCAAAAUCAAAUCCGCCAGUUCCCUUGCCGUCGUCGCGGUCGCCGUCGUCGGGAGAGCAGCGUCGUCGCUCGAGGAUGUCUGGGCGCGGGAAGGGAGGGAAGGGGCUGGGCAAGGGCGGCGCGAAGCGGCACAGGAAGGUGCUGCGCGACAACAUCCAGGGGAUCACCAAGCCGGCGAUCCGGAGGCUGGCGAGGAGGGGCGGGGUGAAGCGCAUCUCGGGGCUCAUCUACGAGGAGACCCGCGGCGUGCUCAAGAUCUUCCUCGAGAACGUCAUCCGCGACGCCGUCACCUACACCGAGCACGCUCGCCGCAAGACCGUCACCGCCAUGGACGUCGUCUACGCGCUCAAGCGCCAGGGCCGCACCCUCUACGGCUUCGGCGGCUAGACCUCCAUAACCACAAGGAUUUCUCUGUCUCCGUGUCGCGUCGCGUUGCCUUGUGUAGGCUGUAGAUGUGUUGCUGUGCUCGUCAAAGAUUUGCUUGUGCCCUUGAUGGCGAUCUGGUUUGUGAUGUAGUGCUUGUCCUGGAUUCGGCAACAAAGAACUGCUAGCAAAUGUGUUUGAAUUCACCUUCUCGCUGUUUCUCAUGGUGGUCAUUGUGAAACCAAGAAGAGGAAAAAAAAAAGGAGCAACUAACUUCCAUGGU